AUGACACACCUCUGCGACUCCCACCAUUUUGCUGAGGAGCAAGAUCAAGGCCUGAGCAUGGUGACGCCUGCCAUGCUCUGUUCUGAUCACAGCUCCCAUUCAUACUCUUCCUACUGGCCUCAAUACAAUUCUAGUAGUUUUCUUCCUCUCGCCGACUACGGAGGCUACAGCAUUUGCACUGGUGAGGAGCAGAUCACCGCGCCAUCCUUCCCGGGGGAUCAAUUCAAUCUCGAAGUCGGAGGCUUGUUCGCGAAGCCGCCAAUUCCCCUUCUUCCCUGUGAUCACAACGCCGAGGCCACCAAGAAAAGAGUCACUACAAGUGAGCUUGAGAUGCCGGAGAUGACAGGAAGCGGGGAUGGCCACACCGUCAGACCCAACAAGAAGGCUCGGGCCGCCGCAUCGGUGCCUAAGAAGAGGAAGAAUCCACAACCCAAGAAAGCUCAGAGGACCGUUGCCACUGCCAAUGAAGAAGAAGGCAAUGGCGAGCUGAACUCACAAAGCUCCAGCUGCUACAGCUCGGAGGAGGACUGCAAUGGUUCUCAGGAGCUGCUGGGUUCUGGCAUCACAAGUUCUAGCUCGAAAGCAACAGCUGGUCGGGGUUCAUCUACCGAUCCCCAAAGCCUUUACGCGAGGAAGAGGAGAGAAAGAAUCAAUGAGAGGCUGAGGACAUUACAGAGCCUGGUUCCAAAUGGAACCAAAAAAUCUAACGAAUCCCGCCUGUGGGUCGUCGAUGUAACGCAGGUAGAUCUCAGCACAAUGCUUGAAGAAGCAGUUGAGUACGUGAAGUUCCUGCAUCUCCAAAUCAAGGUGACGCUGCACGUUCUACCAUAUCUUGUUUGA